AUGUCAAGCAAGAAGAGCCCUUCUCGAUUCCCCAAACUCACCCGUGUUGACGACGAAGCGGGUAUUGAUACGGAGCUUCCCGACGACGCUUCAUUUGAAUACGCCGGCGUUCUCGACCAUGCGCCGGCCACUUCCCAUGGCACGUAUCUGGACGGAAUCAACGAGGGCCUCGAACCCUUGGAAGAAUACCAAGAUGGCGGGUACCAUCCCAUCCACCUUGGUGACACCAUCGGCGUCGCCGGCCGCUAUCGUGUCCUUUGCAAGCUCGGCCACGGCGGCUUUGGCACCGUGUGGCUGUGUCGAGACACGCAUGACGAUGCCGGGUAUGUCGCUGUGAAGGUGAUGGUGGCAGACGUUGCGCCGGAGACAGUUCCGGAUCUUGCCUUGGCGCGAUUCGAUCGGUCCGCUCCCGGUGCAGAGCACAUUGCCAUUCCACUCGAUGCCUUCUCCAUCGAGGGACCAAACGGAGUACACCAAUGCCUCGUGCUCCCCGUUCUCGGGCCUUGUGUUUCGCCUGAACUCUGGUUACGGAUGAAACAGGAUCCCGGCCCUGUUCUCCGGGAUAUGGCCCAACAGACUGCGAAAGCGAUGCAGUUUUUACAUAAAAACGGUCUCUGCCAUGGAGACUUCCGGCCCUCCAACGUCCUAGUCAAACUAGCCAGCCUCAACAAGCUGUCGGAGGAUGAGCUGCUUUCCCUCCUCGGCCAGCCCAAGGAGGUCCACGUACGAACCGAGUCCGGCGGCGACCUUCCACCUUCGUCGCCACGAUACCUCACGCCUCCCGCCGACCUCUCUCGCUUAGGCGACGAGUAUCUGACUAACCAAAUUUGCGUUAUUGAUUUUGGCGAAUCGUACGCCAUCUCGUCCCCCCCGGCGGACUUGGGCAUGCCGGAAAACUACCUCCCGCCCGAGGUGCUGCUCGACGAGGAAAGCGCCGUCGGUCCGGCGUGCGACCUCUGGGCGCUCGGGUGUACGCUGUUUGAGAUCCGGCAGCAGAUUCCGCUCUUCUACAUGAUUUACGACACGGACGACCUUCUGUCCGAGAUGGUGCGUUUCUUUGGCAAAAUGCCCCAAGGAUGGUGGGACAAAUGGGAGGCGCGGGCGGAUUUUUUUGACGAGCAGGGGGCCUGGCUGCGGGAAGGCGAUACGGAAGCGUGGUCACUCGAAGUGGCACUCAGCAAGCCUAUCGAAAUCGUUGACCCGGGCAGCGGGGAGCACGACGACGUCGCAAGGACGUCGUUGAUCACAUCGGAGGCAGAGCAAAAGCGGAUGGCGGAUCUCCUGUACAAGUUGUUCCGCUACGAGCCUGAGAAGCGUCUGAGCGCUGAGGAAGUUGUGGCGCACGAAUGGUUUACGAUGUGA